UCAGCUGCAAAAUGCAACUUUGAGCUAAGCUUCCCGUGUGUAAAGGCAUGGGCCUCUGCCAGCCCCAGAAGGUGCUGCAGAAAUGGGGCACCUACGUUUCUUUUGCUUCUUUUUCUUUGCAAAACCACAGUGUUAGAGAAUAACUUGCCUCUUUUUAUUGUGCUGGUUUCCUUUGCAUUUUAAUUGUUCUCUCUGCUCCUGUAUCUGAUCAGAUCGUGUCACCGAACUUAGUGCAUUUUUUUCCCCCUCUAUUUUUUUUCCUGUCCGCUCACAUGCACCCAUGGCAAGGAGCAGCCUGACACCAUUUGACAUCUCCUUGCUUCCUCAUUUCAAUAUUAACUGUUUACCAGAAGAGAAACAGGUUUGGGGUGCGGGUGCUGAGCACUUGCAAGUCUCUGUGUGAGCAACAGCUCUUUUGCCCUUUGUGCCUUCAGAGCCACAGGUCAUUUCUCUAAGCUGCCUGGAACUGCUAUUGGCACCAGCCUGACUUCAGGAGGGACAGGUCUGUGGAUGUGCUGCACUCUCUGCUUGGGCUGGGGUGCAGUGACGAGGCUCAGAGCUGUGCCUGCUGCCACUCUCACCCCAGAAAGGACUUACUGAAGGAUUCCUACCCCUCCACAGAGCAAUAAUAAUGACCCAGCUGCAGUUUAAAGAUGCUUUUUGGUGCAAGGAAUUCACCUUCCACACCGGCUAUGAGGUGCUCGUACAGCGGCUACUGGAGGGGAAGAAGAUGUGCAAAGAUGUGGAGGAUUUGCUCAAGCAGAGAGCACAAGCAGAAGAGAGAUAUGGGAAAGAGCUGGUUCAAAUCGCCCGAAAAGCAGGAGGACAAACAGAAAUCAACACACUGAAGGCAGCAUUCGAGAUGCUCAAGCAACAAAUUGAAAGUGUUGGAAACUCUCAUAUCCAGCUGUCAGUAAUGCUGAAGGAAGAACUGAAAGGAAUAGAGGAGUUCCGAGAAAGGCAGAAGGAGCAAAGAAAAAAGUAUGAGUCUGCAAUGGAGCGUAUGCAAAAGAGCAAACUGUCCCAUUAUAAGAAAACAAUGGAGUCCAAGAAGACCUACGAGCAGAAGUGCAAGGAGGCGGAUGAGGCCGAGCAGUCCUUUGAACGCACCAGUGCUUCAGGCAACCAAAAGCAAACAGAAAAGAGCCAGAACAAAGCCAAGCAAUGCAGAGAGGCAGCAAAUGAAGCAGAGAACGUGUACAAACAGAACAUCGAGCAGCUGGAUAAGGUCAGGACAGAGUGGGAACAGGAACAUAUCAAAACCUGCGAGGUCUUCCAGCUCCAGGAGUGCGACCGCAUCACAAUCCUGCGGAACUCGCUGUGGGUGCACUGCAACCAGCUCUCUCUGCAGUGUGUGAAGGAUGAUGAGCUGUAUGAAGAGGUUCGGGUCAGCUUGGAGAACUGUGUUGUAGAGUCAGACAUAGACUACUUCAUUAAGACGAAAAUGACAGGAACACAACCUCCAGAUGCAAUAGGGUAUGAGAACUACUACAGCAGAGAGCCCAACAGGCGCAGCAGCAGCCCCACCCAGUCCUGUGGGAUGAUGAAGAGAUUCUCUGGACUUCUGCAUGGGAGCAGUAAAAACAACACGGAAACUGCCACUCCUUCAGCCCCUCCUCUGGAAAGAACAGACGGAGUCUAUGCAUCCAUUUUUGUACAUGAAAAAGCUGGGAUCACAUCAUCACAGGACUACAGAGUACUUUAUGACUACACAGCCCAGAACGUGGAUGAACUGGACAUCAGUGAAGGAGACAUUGUAGCUGUCAUUGCAGAAAAUGAGGAUGGCUGGUGGACAGCAGAAAGGAAUGGGCAACAAGGCUUCGUGCCGGGGUCUUAUCUUGAAAAGCUUUGAUGAAAAGAAGCCCCAGUCCUCAGACUUUACAAAUACUCUAUUACUGAAAACAAUCAGCACACAAGGUCUGCUUCAGCUGACCAAGGGCAUCCCAAUAAUAAUGUUUUCUACAACUACCAGUCAGGAAAUAACCAACUGACCAUGCUUUUCUCUCCCUUGCUCCUGCCUCAUCCCAGCAUCUCCUGCCCUACACUGUCUACAAAAACCAUCCUCACUCCUGAGAAAUUAGGACUUGCAUGCUUUGGCACAGUCCUACCUUCAGCACACUGUGCUGCCAGCAGUGUUGCAAAGCUCAGAGACCCUGGGAGGAAAAUCCUGCCCAGAUCUCAACUGUGCAAAGGGAAAAGAUCACAGAAGCAAGUGCAGUUUCUCCAGAUGGAGGACUGUCUCCAGCCAGCCUGUGAGCCACCCUCAUGGUCACAGCAGCCACGUUCUCUGCCAUGGAUCCCUUUCUCUCCCUCCACAGACCAUGCUGGCAUUUUUAACAGUGGAUGGAUUAUAAGUCACUGAUGAAAACAUGAAAAAAAGUGAAUGCAGCUAGAGAGGAGCACCUGAAGGUCCAGGACACAUCCCUAGCAGGAAAACUUGAGGCACUCCCCAUCGCAACUAUCUCCUAAGACAAUGAAAUCCAUGCUAGCCAUGGCUCUGCUUUGCACUGGAUUCUGGGACAGAUGAUGGGCCCAAGGCUUGCUUUCGCCUUGGUUGGAAGGUUUCCCUAACGCCUCUUUGGGAUUUUGAAGUUUAAAAAUCCAACAACACAAACAGCAGCUAAGCAAAGCCUCCAGCAGUGCUGCACUGCCCUGAUUCCUCUCCUCUGAGCGCCAGAGAAUUGCCAAUUACCUCCUCCUGCAAUCUCCACACUGGUGUCAGCAGGGCAGCCUCCCUUCCACCUCUCCUCUUCUGCCCACAGGCUGCUCUGUCUCCAUGUGCUGCCUGCAGCCUCUGCACCUCUGGGGUUGCUGGCACAGGGACAUUCUGGUUUCUUUGCAGGCACGCCUAAUGUGCUCAUUCUUCAACAAACCCUCUUCAGAGAAGUUGCACUGUGCAGGUUCACUGUAUUUCACAGAUUUCAGCUCUAUCAGUCUUUCUAGUUCAAUAUUUAAGAAUGUUUCCAACUGUUACUGUACUGUACAAGGGAUUGAUGGAUAGUUUCUGCUACUCCUCCCUUUUCAGUACUUCAAGAUAGUUAAAAAAACAUUAAAAAUCGGUGAUUUAAUUUGAA